CAACAUUGCUCGGCGAAUCAUGAACCGGAGACCGGCGACGAGCUUCUCGCUGGGCGCGCUGGCCACGUCGGCAGCUCAAGUGCUGGCGCCCAACAGCUUGCAGUUCAAUGAGCACGAGUUUCAACGAUCGCCCAAGGAGGCACAGGACGUAGCACGAGAAGCAGGAAAGCUAGUGAAGCCAGGCGACUUAAUCUUUAUCACUACAAGCGGACUGGUUUACUCGGUGGGGAGAUAUUUAACCGAGAAUGCCUACGAUCAUGUGGUGAUUGUGCUGGAUGAAAACACCGUGCUUCACGUGGGGAUGCCAUCUGUCAAGUUGAUGCCGUUGGAGCGGCUGCUUUUACCUCAACGGCAGCCUGUGGUGCUGCGCGUCCCAAUGUCGGAGUCGGAGCUGCAACUAUUUCUUCGCAGCGCACGGCAGUUGAUCGGAUGCAACUAUGAUGUCGCGAGGGCGUACCAAUUAAUGUUGCGAUUGGCUUUAAAGCGUGUGACCCGGUCUACACCGCUACCACGACUGCCCCUUGACGUCAAAAGCAACGCUUGGAUCUGCAGCGAUUCGAUCAUUGUGUUGCUAGCAGGCUGCUGCAAAGGAUUCCGAGAGGCUUUGACCAAGGCGAGGCGGGAGACGGACCUAGACAUCUUCACGAUGGGCAGUGCGUCCAUGACUGACUUCGAACGGAUUCGGCGCAUCGAGCCGGGCAUUAUUUCGCGUGUACCGUUGCCUGUUGUCAAUUACACCCUCGCACCACAUAAGCGCUCGUGGCGUGCAUACGUUCCAGAGGUGGUGCAAUUCGCACAAAGCGUCCAGGCCGGGACGUUGAAGUGGCCUCUGUUUGCGCCCGAGAUAUUCCCAAAGGUGCACGAGUUCGCUGCCAGUACCCCCCCGACGUCGUGGUCCAUAAAGCGCAAGAUCCAAGUACUGGGUUAUGUGAUGUUGUUCCUCCUAAUGCUCCGACGUGGCCUAACUGUAAAGCGGGUGUUGCUGCGAGCUGUUGAAGUGCUUAUGCUGCGGUAUGUUGCGCAGCAUGUUAUGCUGCACCUACAGUCGUCCCCCGCUUUCGGCGCCGCAAGACUUUAG